AUGGUUGGUCGGCGAAACGAGAUUCUUGAGGCCAAAAGCUACAAAAUCCGCGAAUCUCUCCGGGCCCAAUUCAAUAUGAUAUUUCCAAUGUUUAUUGACCCUGCUCUAAAGAAAACAGUUGAGGAGAAUAUGUGGCUUAACCACAAGACACAUCCUUUCGCAAAAAAGUAUGGCAGUCAGAUCAAGGCCCUUGAUGUCCCUGAUUGUGGAGAAGAUGAUCCGGAUCACAAGAUUUGCAACAAAAUGAUGGAAAACCCAGCCAGGCUGUUGGCCAUCAUUUUACUCAUCGUCCUCUGUUGCUGCCUCAUGGUUACGGGUGUCGGCAUCGUGACAGCCUGGAAGGUUCGAGAUGCUGCGGUAGUUGAAGCCGGAGAAAAAAUAACUGCC